GAGAGUCCUGGGGAAACAGAGGGAGGAGAACAAGAGUAAAUGUGAAUGUGGCAAAUCAGGCAGCUCAGCAGACAGGAGAAACACAUUUGUCUGUUUUCAUUUCUUCUGAGGCCUCCCAAGCAAUCCAGGGUUAAUCCAGAGUCAUCCGACGAACAUGAAUAUCAACUCCACUGAACAGCCAAGUCCGUGGCUGAACAGCAGCACCUGGCCAUCGGUCAGAUCUUCAGGCAUCGGGAUGUCCUGCUUCACUAUGACAUUUGGUGCUGUCUCCAACCUCACCGCUCUGGGCAUCCUGGCUAAGUCCCACAUCCGAUUCCAGCGCCAAUCAAAAGCACACUUUCUGCUACUAACAGUGGCUUUGCUACUCGCUGACCUGGGAGGUCAUGUGAUCCCAGGGGCCUUUGCUCUGUAUUUGCACAUGGAUCCGGGGUAUAAAAUGCAAGCUGAGACGCCCACCAUAUUCUGUCAAAUCUUUGGGGCGAGUAUGGUCUUUUUUGGCCUAUGCCCUUUGCUGUUUGGUUGUGUGAUGGCAAUGGAGCGCUGUGUGGCCGUCACACAGCCAUUUUUCCAUGCUGCUAUGAUUACAGUGACUCAUGUGCGACGAGUUGUGUUAUUUCUGUCUUCUCUUGCUUUCAUGCUGGCGGUUCUACCUUUAUUUGCCAUGGGGACUUAUACUACCCAGUUUCCCGGCACAUGGUGUUUCUUGCCUAUCCAUAGAUCACUGUCUACAGCUGACACCUAUCUGGCCCUGGCCUUCUCAUGCCUGGGCCUCACAGCGCUCACUCUUUCCCUGUUCUCCAAUAUCCUGACUGGUCUGGCAUUGCUGCAGGCCAGAAUGAAGCUCAAAAAUGCUAAAACAAAAUCAGCUACUCACUGCACACGUCGUCCAUCUUCCGCAUCAACUUCCUCCUUGUUUUGCUCAUUGGAUGUGGAGAUGAUGACGCAACUGGCAGUGAUCACUGUGGUUUCCUGUGUGUGCUGGAGCCCCUUUCUGAUCCACAUUCUUGUGAUGCAGAUCAACCAAAGCCUGAGAUUUUCAAAUGAUGGGCAGGAUGGGUUCACUCUGCUGAGCUUACGGAUGGCGUCCUGGAAUCAGAUCUUGGACCCUUGGGUUUACAUAUUACUGAGGAGAGUAGUGCUUUUCCGAGUUUGCUGUUCUUUCAAAACACAGAGGCCAUUAGUGACAACAAAUAGUUCCUGUGCAGACACACAAAGGCAGAUCUUCAGUCUGCAGUGACCACGUUGCUCUUCUCUUAUGGACUAAAAUAAAUAAUUUAUAUUAUAUAUGUCUCGACAAAUGAAAGAAUGUAAACUCUGCUGUGUUAUUUGCAGAUGGGCUUGCUGAGGUCCUGAUUCAGUUAGCCAAGAGUGUUCAAUGCAGCAGUGUGAAUAAGGGAUGGAAACAUUAUGUUAAAAGUCCCCGUCCUCCUCCUCCUCCUCCUCCUCCUCCACUUGUUCUUGUUCUUCUUCUUUGGGUUUAUUGUCUUCCGGGUGCUUUACCGCCACCCACUGAUCUGGAGUGUGCACUAAAGAUCUACUAUCUCUAAUAAUUAUACCAAACAAAGAAUUACAAUUAAAGCA